UAUUAUUUUUAUCUUGAGAAAUAUUAGAAUAUUAAUACGCAAGAAUCCGUAAAAAGAAAGGUAAAGUUGGAAUACAGUGGUUUAGUAUGAAACAAGACGUGGGAUUAACUAUGGGAUGAUUUUAGCUAGGAUUUAAAUACUCGUUUAGUCGAAGGAAAUGGGUGAAUUAUUAAUGACAGCGUAUCGACCACGUGCUGAGCCCCAGGACGAGGCGGAUCCGAGGGUCAGCUUAAUCGUUGACCCUCAAUCCCAACCCCAUCCUAACUCUCAACAAAGUCAGCCUAGCAACGGGGUAACCCAUCAAAAUGGCGGACCUGUCGCACAGAAGAAGAAACCGGGAUUAAAACAGACAUUGCCCCUGGGCUGCUUCAAGAACCGAAAAAGAUGUCGGUUGAUAACGGCAAUUAUUUUGACAAUUCUUAUUCUGUCUGCGGUGGCAAUAGUCUUGGCCGUGUGUUUAAAAUCGUCCGAUGAUGAUUCGACAUUAAAUCAUGUUCCCGAAACGAAAAACCAAAGUCGUUUCUUGAAAACCACCAAAUUGCCAGAAACCACCACGUCAACGGUUACCACAUCGACAACUUCUACAACAGUGCCACCAGAAACAACAGUUUCGGUUCCAGUACCGGAAGUAAAUGAAUUUGCGAAUUAUCCGGACAGAGGUGAUAGCCGUUUGUUUAAAAUAAAUUUGGACAAUGGUGACAUUAUAAGGACAUAUGGAUCUAAAUCAUCCAAUGGAAAUCUCGCAUCUUUAACGUCUAUAAGUGUUGCUGAGGGAACCGGAAGUGAUACCCAUAUCCGAUUAGGUAACAGAAACAAUUUAGCAUCAGUAAUGCUCUCUGAUGGCACCCACGUUUCUUACGAUAUGUCUGACAAUCUUCAGAAUUUAGAAAUGAAAAUAUUUACGGGUGGACCGAUUGACGUAAAUCCUAAGACACCUCGUGCCUUUGUUCAGGGAAUUUUGAUUGACAAAAACAUCUCUGUGUUAACACGCCUGUUGUUGUUGCUCUCCGGUAAAAACGUUUCUCCAAACGGCAGACCCGGAGUUGUGCAAACUGUGAACAAAACGUGUAUAUCGUAUUUACCCCUACGUGUGACUAAAUGUGGUAGCCAGUAUCCCUAUGAGGGUGCAUUUAUUGAAGGUAAAGUUAGAAUUGGCGGGAAAUCGCCCGUGUUAAUGGCUGCGUUACCAUGGCCGACCGAGCGUGACGAGUGUUUUGAGCAGACAUGGGAAUCAAAUACAAGGCCGAAUUAUUAUAUACCGCUUCCAAGUAGAUCAAAUCGUAGUGCAUCUUUUUCAGAGAUCAGUCAAAAUUGUGAUUCAUAUGUGGAUUAUUUCUAUCCUAUCUGCGCAAGUCAGGAUGUAUACGAUCAACAUUUACACGUGGAUAUGUGCAAUAACCUUGCCAACCAAACGGCCAGUGCUCAAGGUGGAAAUAGUGUAAUACAUUCGUCUGUGUUCAGUAGCUGUAGGAAAAUAUUUAGUAGUAUUAACUCCAUGUGUUCGGCACUGCAGUAUAAAUCUGUCGAUGAACCAACAUGGAAAACUUCAAAAGACGUUCUCUCAAGGAGUCUGUGUUCUUUACCAGAAUCAGAAUCCCAAGGGACGGUAGCAGACGAUCAGUUACAGGUGGGUCUACAUGUGCUAGUGUUUUGCCCAUCACAGACUCCAUUUCGAUCACCUGAACAAAACAUUAACAUGCGUUUUAAUGAAUCAAAAAGUAUUGGAAGUCCAAUCCAUAUAAACUGUGAGGGGUCACCGGAAGUAACCUUCGUCUCAAUCGGACAUGCUUACACCGGUUCUAGUAGUCUCGAUCGAGUCAUGCAUCGAUUUCGAGUUUGUUCAAUUUGUGCAUUUGAGACUUCAGUGCGCGCAGUGCUUACAAACGAUAAAAUUUGUUGUGACGAUACGUGUCUGGAUAAUCGUGUGUGCAGGGAAGGGCGAAUUCCCGCCAUUGAGGAAUCGACGUUCAAACAGCACAGUUCGGUCUAUUGUCAUGACUUUUUUGCUGAUCGAGGCUAUAACACUGAAUCGUUAAAAUAUGACUGCAAGGGAAAAUGUGAAACUAAUUUGUCUGUGAACUUUACAAUGUUCGAUGUCAGUUCACAAAAGACAUUUUAUCAUCAAGCCGUUACUUGCCACGAAUCUGAACUUAAUGCCUGUAAAAUGGAAUUUGGGCGGUAAAAUCAAUUUUAUAGGAAUUUUAUAGGAAGUUCGGCAAAUCAGUGAUUGACUUGUAAUUUUUACGACAUUCGGCAAAUUAGUGAUUCACUUGUAAUAUUACCGAGUUCGGUGAAUAUAAAAAUUUACUUGUAACAUCAUAAGAAGUUCAGUAAAUCAGUGAUACAAAUUACUUGUGAUAUUGCCAAGUUAGGUGAAUAUAAAAAAUUACUUGUGACUUCAUACGUAGUUCGGCAAAUCAUUGAUAUAAUUUACUUGUAAUAUGGCCGGUGACAUACGAAGGUCGGCAAAUUAGUGGUACAAUUUACAUGCAACAUUGCCGAGUUCGGUGAAUAAACCAAUCAAAUUAUCAAUCAAUAGAUUUACUAUGUUUGAGGAAUCAUCUAAACAGUCAACUAGUAAAGUUUGUUGAAUAAAUCAUAGACAUUUCAACUGUCACGUCACGUUACUGGACUUUUAGACACGUGUGCAAGGAUUUCUUUUGAAAUUAUGUCGAACCGGUUUCAAAUUACAAUUGUGGAAUAUGACUAAAAGGGUAUUGAAAAUGUGUUUUGCUAAUGGAUAAGAAACGGGUCAAAAGCGUUCUUAUGCGAGUAAAGAUAUUAUUGCUCAGAAUUCAGCAAUUUUUGGAAGCAUUCCUUGUGAUUACCUCCCUUAUCUCAUUAACGACGUCAUCAAAUACAGUAUAUUAUGUACUGUAUACUGUCAUAUAACAGACGUUGGAUUAUUUAUACAUAUUUCAUUUAUAUUAAUAGCUUGUGCAGUGGCGGUGCCAGAGGGGUGUCACCAACCCACUCUUGACACCCAACCACCCUUGUUACAUCCACCCACCCACCCUUUUUCCACCAUUCAAAGCUAUUCGUAUCCCAAUUCCAUGAGCCCAUCUUUCUUUUUUUUCUGAUCGAUGCUAAUAUGCAAUUGUGUUCCUUAUCCAGGAUAUACACCAAACCACGUAUUCUCCUUAAAUUUGUGAAGUUCUUCGACUCAGGACUCCUUUCCCAAUUAUCCUGGAAAAGCCUGGCGACGCCACUGUCUUAUGUCACAGCUCUCGACAUUUAUAUUAUUUAGGUAGAAUCCAUUGUUCUUGCUACACUCAAACAUUAAAACACCUUCACAUCAUAAUAUUUAUAUACAUUCUCGUUCCCGAUAAAUGAGUAUAUAUAGUUUCAUGUCUACAGCUUUCGAUUUCUACUAUUGGCAACCAGUCCAUGGCGAUUGCUCCUGUAAUCUGGAAAAACCUAUAUAUAAGUGUGUUGAAUGCAAAUCAGUAUAAUUACAUGUCAUACUAGGUUCUUCCAUUUGAAAAACUUCCAACAGGGAAAAGUUUCACACUUUAACAUUUUUAACUGAAGGAGAAAACCCUAUGGGUCUAACUCAAUUUUUCACCAGAAUAUGACUUACUAGGUAUUUCCAGAUUACAGGGGAUUGACAGGCUCACACCACGCUAUUUUUAGCAAUAGUUUUCAUUGCGGAAAUAACAGAUGGCGAUUUAAUCAUCAGUUCUUAAUUUACAAAUACAUACGACUGCCUCAUUGUAAUCAGAUUUAUACAGUGACGUGUAGGGAGAGGUGAGGGAGAGGUGUGGGAGAGGUGUGGGGUGGGGCGGAGUACAAGCUGCAUUGAAUGUGGAUCAGUGUUUUAUUAAGCCAGAGAACCUAAAGUAGUUUUCUGAAAAGAGUGCUCAUUUCGGGCGCCAAACUUAAAGAUACAUUAUGUAAGAGGUAAAUCUGUCAGUUGCAGUUUUGGCUAUCAAUGAUAUAACUAAAUGAGACAUUUAUUAACAAGUCCAUGAUCAACUCUUUAGACAAUCGGAUGGUCGUGAUUUUAAACGGAUUGAAACACAAUCGCCAUUUAAUACUUUAAUAUAUUAUCGUAACAACGGUUCUUGACAAUCGCGAUUAUAUCGUGAAACCUUCAACCACGAAUACGGUAUUUUGACAGAAAUUUCAUCUCUUUAUCAAAUGUUACAUAAUGCAUAUUUAAUUAAUUUGGCUGGUAUAUAUUUAAUUUGAAUAAAAGGUAAAUUUAAUUUUUUAUAUUUAAAAUGGCUUCCUUUCUCAGCAAUAGGCCCUUUGAUUCAUGCAGUUGGUCCCCAGCUUCACCUAACCUCUCUGCACGCCACUAAAUUUAUAAUGCAACGUUGAAAUCCAGCAUAAUAUAGUUAAUAUUUAUUUAUAUAUUAAUUGUCGUUUUUCUUAUCAUCUUUUAAAGUGCUAAUGAUUUGUACAUAUUGAAUAUAUAUUUGUUGUAUUUGAAUGAGUGUAUUAAAUUGAUUUAAUGUU